AUGUCGAUAGCGGACGGUUCCUACGCUCGAGGCGAUCUCCUCAACGGCUGCAAAGACCUGAUUCCAGGCCUCAAGAACGCCUACGGCUACGUGCCCAGUCUCGCGGCAGGCAUUGUCUUCGAUCUUAUCUUUGCCGCUACGGGCAUUUACCACAUCGUCCGGUCGUUCCAGAAGCGAAAGGCCACCUCGUAUUUGCUGGCCAUCGCGUCUUACAUCGAGCUCGUUGGCUGGAUCGGGCGAACGUGGUCCAACAAAUGCGCCUACAACAAGAUUGCCUUCCUUCUCCAGAUCACCACCCUCGUCGUCGGCCCUAUCUUUGUCGCUGCUGCCAUCUACGUUGCUCUUGGAUACCUCAUCAAGGCCGUCGGUCCGCAGUACUCCGUCAUCCGCCCCAAGCUUUAUCUCUGGAUCUUCCUCGUCGUCGAUGUGCUUUCCCUUCUAAUCCAAGCCGGCGGUGGUGGUCUGGCAUCGGGAGCAGCCAACAAAGGAAAGGAUACCAAGCCUGGCGCCAACCUCAUGGUCGCCGGUAUCAUCUUCCAGCUUGUCAGUAUGACUGCUUUCUGUAUUCUCUUCGCUAUCUUUGUCUGGAGAACCAGAGGCCUACGCCUUGAGAAGGGCCAACGUCUCGUCAUCCACGGCAUCAUCAUCUCUGUCGUCUUUGUCUACAUCCGAUGUAUCUACCGAACGGUCGAGCUCCUCGAGGGAUGGGACGGACACUUGAUGAAGACAGAAGGAUACUUUAUCGGGCUUGAUGGUGUUUGCAUCGCCAUUGCUAUUCUUGUCUUUUGUAUCCUGGACCCUGCUGUCCUUCUGCAAGACAAGGAGCCUAACCUGUCUUUCAACGAGCUCAACACUGUUUCCACCAAGUAA